GAAGUGUGAACUCUUUCAACAUGGCUGCUGUUGGCAAAAAGAGUCGACUUUAUCCCACACACUUCCAGAAUGUGAUUACAACACUCUCAGAUGCCAGACAAGCCAACAUGCUCCACAAACCCCAAAAAUCCUGCCUUAUCGUGACGGAUUCAAGAUGUUAAAUCCGGGUUGGCAGCUGAACUUCAGGGCAUCAUGGUCAAUGUGACGCCCAGUAUAGACCCAGCGGCCGCCUACGAGAGGUACAACUACCUCGCGUUGAUAUGUGGCGUGCCUCUCAUCCUCAUCAUCAUCUUGGGGAAUGUGCUUGUGUGCCUCAGUGUGUUUACUGAACGCUCCCUCAAAACCGCAACUAACUACUUCAUCGUCAGUUUGGCUGUGGCUGACCUCCUGCUGGCCGUGCUGGUCCUCCCGCUCUAUGUCUACUCUGAGUUCCUGGGAGGCAUGUGGACUCUGAGUAUGUACAUCUGUGAUGCCCUAAUGACUAUGGAUGUAAUGCUCUGCACUGCUUCCAUUUUGAAUCUAUGUGCAAUUAGUGUGGACAGGUACAUUGCAGUAGUGGUCCCUCUGAAGUACAACAGGAACCAGUUUAGUGUUCGUCAGCUAGUCUUGAUCACAGCAACCUGGGUGCUAUCCCUGGGUGUAGCCAGUCCUGUCAUAUUCGGUUUGAACCAGGUGCCAAACAGGAACCCUCAUGUGUGUAAGCUGGAGGACAACCAGUUUGUGAUCUACUCCUCCAUCUGCUCCUUCUUUGUCCCCUGCCCUGUCAUGCUUUUCCUGUACUACUGGAUGUUCAGGGGUCUAAAGAGAUGGAGCUCUGGCCGUAGCAGAUCACACCUCCACCGGCCACCCAGAGGGCGUAGGAGCCUGUCUUUGCGACUAGGAGCAGCUCUACAGAAAGAGAAGGGACAGGCAAGGGAGAAAGUAGUGUACCUCAUGCCUGCAGGUCUUAGUCCGACAUCUCUCACCGCUACCCCAACUACUCCAAUCUCCCCAGCCAGCCCGGUAACCCUUACCACAGAUGAGCUGGCAGAAGGUCAGAUGCCGGCAGCAGAGAGUGACCCCAUGACCAACCAGAUGGACAGUGUAUCGGACGCAGAGAACCCUGAGCGGGCCACUGAGGAUGAGAGCGGCCGGGAGAAUGGUGUGGGGAAGAACCAUCGGCCACAUACGGGACGAUGCCACAGCAAGAGCAACAGGGUGAGCGGACGGGAGCGGAAGGCGAUGAAGGUGCUGCCAGUGGUUGUGGGUGUUUUUCUGGCCUGCUGGACUCCUUUCUUCGUGGUCCAUGUGACUAAGGCACUGUGUGAGUCAUGUGACAUCGGGCCGAUGCUGAUCAGUGUGGUCACGUGGCUUGGAUAUGUGAACAGUGCUGUCAACCCUAUCAUCUACACUGCCUUCAAUGUGGAGUUCAGAAAAGUCUUUCACAAACUGCUUUGCUGUCGCUCAUGAGGCCAAAUGCUCUAUUUAGCAAAAAUCUUAAUUGAUAAUGAAUCACUGAAUAAUUCAACAAAUAAUCAUAAAAAAACACCUUCAAAAUCUGAGCACACAAUGGUCUUGGAAUUGUCUAAAGAAAUUAAACAAUAAAAAACAACAGAUUACUGAAAGCAAUGAUGGACACAAACAGCACAGUGGAGUGUACCAUUGAGGAAAACUUCUGAUGCCUUUGUUAAGUGAACAUUUUCUUGUAAAAUUAUUGCUUGAAUGCUACAGUAUAUAACAAAAUACUGUUAAUUGCAUAGCCCAGAGGCAUAAAAUAUGUGAA